CCAGACACCGGGGAUUCGAAGAGAAUCUGCAACGCGAGCUUACGAGAUUCGAUCACCGAUUCGAUCGAUCUCACGCUUAUGUAACGCGCCAAGCCUAGGCUUUAGCUUUAGCGAGUUCGAUUGUAAAUAAAAAGGGAGGAAAAAAGGAAUUGGAAUUAUUUCUUUCUCGUUUAUUCCACGAAUUCCUCGUUUUUUAUCUCGACAACGGGUGCCGGCUUCAUUGUGAAGCGAGGAGAACGGGGAGCAGAACGAAGUGGAUAAACGGUUCACGGGCCGGGCCCAUUGUUUGUCAAUCUCGCGCUCUACAUACGCGAAAGCUGUCGAUUAUCAACGCGGGGAUGAGAGGCCACCGGUUAAAGUCAAAACGAAGCGGUUGUCGCGCGAGUAGGUCUCGCUGGCCACGAUGAUCUCGGAUCGGACCAUCGUCGUCGUCGGGCUGUUGCUCCUGUCGACGACCCUCGAAGCCAAGCCGAGGCCGGAAGGGACCCGCGGUUGCGCUUACUCCGAUUCGAAUUUCGAGCGAUCCACGGCGAGCUUAGCGGCCGCGGCAAACGGCAGCAACGUCGUCACGGCGACGCUCCUCGAGGAACUCGAGAGCCGGCUAUCCCGUUUGGAGAGAAGACUCAGAGCGGUCGAGCAACCCGUUUGGCAGCUGAGCUCAGCCGAGGAGGACUGGGAGGUUUGCGCCGAGGGUCCUUGCAGAUGUCAACCGGAAACUAAAUCGGUCUCGUGCUGGAGGCAAAACCUGUUGGACCUCCCCGCGGCGCAGCUCGUGCCUCGGGACGUUUUGAAAUUAGAUCUGGCAGGGAAUCUAUUGACCGCGCUGCACAGGGACACCUUCUUGGACAUGACGCGACUGAAUCAUCUGGAUCUCAGCGACAACUCGAUCGAGCACCUUCCUCUGAACCUGUUCUUCUCCUUGCACGCCGUUACGCAACUCAGAUUGAGCAAGAACCUGCUCAGAGAACUUCAUCGUUCGCAAUUUUUCAGCACACGAAACCUACGAAUUCUGGACGUGUCGUCGAACAGACUGCGAGCGCUGCCGGAGACGAUUUUCUUGAGCACCACUUCGCUGGUGUUGCUCGAUCUGUCGUGCAAUCGGAUCUCGAGUCUGAUUUCGGGUACGUUCCACGGGCUGAGCGCGCUGGAGGAAUUGUUGCUGGGGAAGAACGCGCUCUCGAGUCUUCCGGUGAAUCUCUUCAGCGACCUGACCAACCUGAAGUAUCUGGGUCUGGAGGAGAACCGAUUGAAAGAGUUGCCGCGGGAUUUAUUCCGGUCGCAGGCGUCUCUCCGCGAGUUGAAUGCGCGGGACAAUCAACUAACGGAGAUACCCGGAGACCUCUUGGCCCCCCUCAAACGACUGCGCUCCCUCGAGAUGUCCAACAACAAGAUAGCUCGCAUCGACCCGUCCGCGUUUCGAGACCUGGCCUCGCUGAGGGAGCUACAGCUGGGCCACAAUCGCAUACGGAACUUAACGCCAGGGCUCUUCUCGAACGCGUCCGGUUUGGAGCGACUGGUGUUGUACGCAAACGGGAUCGAGAGCUUGUCCCGCGGCGCGUUCCAGGGUCUCACCAAUCUGUCCUCCCUGUUUCUGCACUCGAACCGACUCAGAAUUAUGCACCCCGACCUGUUCCUCGACACGCCGAAUUUACGAAAAUUGCAAUUGGAAUCGAAUUACUUGUCGUCGUUGCCGGCGCGGAUACUCGACGCCGUGCAGUCGAUCGAGCAGCUGCGUCUGGCCAGGAACCCAUGGCACUGCGAUUGCGCCGCGUCUUACCUGGCCAUGUGGCUGCAAAAGAUGUACCUGGCGCGAAUGAACGACACGAACGCGAAGUCGGACCGCGAUUCGGGAGUAUGGGAGUUCGGGGCCGGGGCCAUGUGCCGGGGUCCCGGUACCCUCGGAGGCAAGCUUCUGUUACAUCUGACGUUCCACGAACUCUGCGAGGGUCAAUGGGCCUCGAUGAGAGGCCUAGUCCCGCGGCUACCAGUGGAACACGGUCGAACGACGGUCUCCACGGACAACGCGACUACCGUUCAAAGCGAGACCGUCUCAGUAUCUUCCGCCUCUCGUCUUAUCGGUUCGCGAUAAGCCCGAUUUCACACGGAAACGCGUAUCGCUCUGUCUGCUGCUUAUUACAAGACGCGAUAUUCACUCUCAGCCACGAUAGCGCGAGCGAUUACGAUUACUUUCGACUUUAAGGAAACGAUUGCUUUACAUAUCCAUUAUCUAGUUUUGAUUCGGCCUCGACGAUCUACGUACGGAACGCGCCGUCUACGCAGUACAGGGGAAUUGAUCUCUCGUAUUGGUCUCUUUCUCUCUCUCCUUUUGUCUAGAGUUUCUGCCACCUACAUAUUUCCAUCGAUAUCUCUUCGUUUGUGUUGUCGUGUUCGAAUGACCACUUGUCCAACGAGCGAAAAAUUUUAGCGAUAACCGCGGUAUUUGACCGAUUAAUGAACGACUAAAUACAUACGUCCGAGGAA